CCACAUGCUUCUUCCCCUGUGGAUGCUGGUUCACAAGAGAUGACGCAAAUAGUACCCUCUUCAACAACAUCAGUUCUUGCCAACAAUUCACUUGUUCCGUUACAACAACCUGUUGCACAGACUGACCAAGCUGAACUCCCACUCAUGCACGAACCACAACAACCGGACCCGCCAAAAGUGUACUUCCUGGCCAACGGUUUCAAAAACGCACCCAAGAUGGAUUCCUUGGCUUUCUGCAGAGAUUGUAUCGAUAAACUGAGGCAAAAACGGCGUGUAGUCAUUUUCCCCGAAGGCGGUUCGCAUGAUCAACCGACUAUGUUGGCCUUGAAACCCGGUGUUUCGAUCAUGACUCUGCAAGCUUCAGCGCAAUUAGGAAAGGCAGUUCC